GCAGCAGCAGCAGGAGGAGGAGCAGCUGCAGCAGCAGCAGCAGCAGCAGCAGGAGGAGGAGGAGGAAGAGGAAGAGGAGAAGGAUAAGGAGCCCCUCCUGAAGACAGAGGUGGAGGAGGAUGAUGUGGAGGUCAUGCAGGGGGACAUGGGUGUGGAGGGGAGCGGUGUGACUGGGAAUGAGGUGGUGAAGGACGAGGUGAUGAUGGACAGCAGUCCGGCGACGCUGGAGGGCAGGCAGGUGGUGCUGGAGGGCGGGGAGGUGGGGCCAGUAGUGAUGGGGGAGGCCCCGGUGGAAGGGGUGCUGGUGCAGGGCCUGGUGAUGGUGAAGCAGGAGGACCUGCAGGACAACCGCUAUGGCCACAACCAACAGAUCCUGGGCCUGGUGACCAGUGGUGUGGAGGAGGAGGAGGAGGUGGUGGUGGGUGGUGAGACGCAGGGCAAGAUCCUGCUGGAGAACCUGGUGAGCGAGGCGCUGCAGUCGCCACAGCGCCCCCACGACAACAUCAUUGUCACCACCAGCACCAUCACCCCUGGCCCUGCCCCCGGCCAGGCACCCGCACCUACUCCCACACUGGUGCGUGGUUCACCACCCCAGGCCACUCCCACCAGGAUUGUGGUGCAGACCAACCAGAACACAGCCCAGAAGGCCAACCAGGGACACUUCCUCAUCCAGGUGGGGGGCACCCCCGUCCCCGUGGCCCCGGCGGUGGUCACGCCCAGCCCCGCUGCCUCCAAGAACCAUAUUGUGAUCCGCGCUGGCCACAACCAGACCCCAUCGGCCGCCGCUGCUGCUGCCAGGGACGACCCGGCCAGCCCCGCCCAGCAGGGCAGCAUCUUCAAGGUCAUCAUCCCCGAGGGCACCACCAAGGUCAACAAGGCUCCCCCCGCUCCCCCACCACUGCUGGACCAGCAGGAGCCUGUCAGGAAACACAUCCAGAUCAACCUGUCAGACAGCACCGCCAAGCGUCCCGUGCGCUACCUGGCUCAGAACGCCUCACACCCUGCCACCCCCACACACUCCAAGGCCGACGCCGCCGCCGGAGACCCCAAGAAGCUGUACGAGUGCCCCACCUGCAACAGCAAGUUCAUGAGGCCACUCUAUCUCAGGAAGCAUAUGAGGAGCUGCAAGAAGGAGGAGGUGAAGGUGGAGAAGGCGCCGCUGUACAUGUGUUCCUUCUGCAAGAUGACCUUUAAGACCAGGCCACAGAUCUCACAGCAUUUCCUCAAGUGUUUUCACAGCCCAUACCGCAAGAAAAAGACACAGGGAGUUAAGCGUAACAAUGAGGGGGAGCCUUCCGUGCUUCCCAAGAGAGGACGCACAGAUGACUCGGACAUUGACCCGUUGCUGGAACAAGCUGUGCAGUUCAGGUGUCAGGACUGCGACAGAACAUUCAACAAAGAACGGCAAUACACAAGCCACAUUAAACGCUGCACUAAGGUCUCCGUGCACGACCUCACCGGGCCACGGAUGGAGAUCAAGGGCGAGGAGGAGGAGGAGGAAGAGCCCGAGUCACAGGAGGACCCAUUUGCAGACCCAGACCCCCUCCCGCCACCCCCAAAAAGAGGCCGUGGUCCAGGCAGGCGGGGAAGACCUCCAGGGCGAGGCAAUGCUAGCUAUGCCUUGGCUCGGGGCACCUCCAAGACGUCCAGCCAGCUGUUUGAUGGAGAGUACCCAGUGGGCACAUCGCGGGGGCUGAUGGUGGCGGACAAUGAGGGUCUUGUCCGCAGCACCACCGGCCUGGCACACACCGUACAGCUCACCCUGGAGACGGCCAGCCAGGAGGGACAGCCACAGCCUUCCGCACUGGUGGCUGACUCAAAAGGUGUGCGAGGGAGGGAGCGGCCCCCCCAGGCUUGGUCACUGGUGUGUGCGCUGUGCCAGAAAAUGUUCAUCACCAAGGCGGCGCUGGCUCACCACGUCAUGGCAGAGCAUGGUGCUGACCUGGUGCACUCCCGCAGCAUCCUGGAGGGCAAGAUCAAGAACAAUGAGCCUCUUUUCAGGUGUCCAGUGUGCACCCUGAACUACCAGUCUGAGGACCAGUUCAUUGAGCACAUGGUCCUGCAGCACACAGCACGCCUGCAAGAGACCUUCACACGCCUGCAGGGGGAGACAUCAACCUACGUGUGUUCGCUGUGUUCCCUGGUACUAUUGACCAAGAACCUUCUGGUGGAGCACUUGAGUCUGGUGCACCUGGAUGAGUUGGAGGCACAGGCACGAGGCGACACACACGUGGAAAUUGCCUCUCGGGUGUCGGGCCGCUCCAAGAUACAACGUGCCCCUGUGCUGAAAGAUCGGAGUGCUGCUUCUGAAGAAGGGAAGAAGAACCAGGAGAGUGAGGGGAAGAUGGACACAGGGGAGGACUCGCCCUUGGAGUGUGGCUUCUGUGGGGAGGAACUGUCCAGCCAAGAGGAAAUGGUUGAGCACUAUAUAGACAGUCAUGGGGUGGAGACGGAUGAGGACGGAUGCCUUCUGGACCUGGGGAUUGACGUGGAUGUGAGG